CUCGCCCCACUCGGCAAGCCAACACUCGCUCCUGCCACUCCUUUUAAAUCACUCACACACGCCGAGCCGGAGUUCGGAGGCCCGCCGCUCGUCCAAAGGUUAGAUCCGUUUUAGUCCAUCAUGUCGGAGGAUGAAGAUGAAGGAUGCUGGAGCAAGCUAGAGCAUUAUCGAGUCAAGCUCAUUUCCAUCAUAGAUCCCAACAGGAUCACGCCGUAUCUCCGCCAGUGCCGGGUCUUGAACAGCGACGAUGAGGAACAGGUUUUCAACGACCCCAACCUUGUCAUCCGAAAGAGGAAAGUGGGUGUACUUCUAGACAUUCUUCAGAAGACCGGCUGUAAAGGAUACAACGCGUUCUUAGAAAGUCUAGAAUUAUACUAUCCUAACCUGUACAAGAAGAUAACCGGAAACGAGCCAAGUCGCGUCUUCUCCAUGAUUAUCGACACGGCCGGAGAGUCCAGCCUGACGCAGCUUCUCAUGAACGAGAUGUUGAAGCUUCAGCAGGUCAUCCAGGAGGAGAGACAGAAUUACAAGAAGCUGAACAUGUUGCUCUGUGAGAAGGAGGACACCAUCCGGCAGAUGCAGUUGAAAGACAGCGAGCUGAAGAAGCACCAAGAACGAGUCCAGAAGAUGAAGGAGGAGAGAGACAACUUCAGCAAAGAGCUGAAAAAAUGCAAAGAUGAGAACUACGACCUGGCCAUGAGGUUCGCGAGUCAAAGCGAAGAGAAGAAUUCCGCGCUGAUGAAGAAUCGAGACCUACAACUUGAGAUAGAGAAGUUGAAACACAAUCUCAUGAGAGCAGAGGAUGACUGUCAGCUGGAGAGGAGACAGACCAGCAAGUUAAAGAACGCAAUUGAGAAACGGCCAAGCCCAGACCAUAUUGACGAGCUGGAGAGGGAGAACAGGCUCCUCAAAGCCAAAAUUCUAGAGCUGGAGAACCCCACGCAAAAAGUAUCCAAGGAAGUAACGGGAGAGAAGACAAAAAUGUACAUCCAUACCCUAGAAAAUGAGCGUAGACAGGCCUUGGAGCAGUAUCAGGAUAUGGUGAACAAAAUGUACACCCUCAGAAUGACCCUUCGACAGGCCGAAGACCUACGUGACAGGUACUUGGAAGAGAAGGAAGUAUUGGAGCUGCAGUGUACCACCUUGAAAAACGACUCCAAGAUGUACAAAGAACGCAUUGAGGCCAUUUUACAACAGAUGGAAGAAGUGUGCAUCGAACGAGACCAGGCCAUAGCUACGAGGGAAGACUUCCACAAGCAUUAUUCCAAAAGCCUAAUGGAUAAGGACGUGUACCGAAGACAGAUCCGAGAACUCGGGGAGAAAUGUGACGACCUCCAGAUACAACUUAUUAGAAGUGAUGGGAAACUAUUGGCCGUGGAGACCAAGCUGAAAAGAAUGGAGUCAUUGGUGCAGUCUUCUGAUAUGGAUGAUAUUUCUUCACGUAGUUCACAGGAGAUUACCAUACAGGUCUGUCCUGAUGAAAACCAAACACAAGACGAAAACAAGUUGGAAAUCAAACCUGUGGAGAACUGUAAAAGCUGUCUGGAUAUAUCAGAGCAAAAGAUCAACAGACGUCGGGUCAAAAGAAGCUUAGAGAACAAUCGGAGGAAGAAAGCCUUUAGCGGUAAAACCUUAAAAUCGGAAGAACAUAACGACUCAACAGAAAGCGAUACGAGUCCAUGAGAAGGAAAAGGACGGGUCUUCAACAAGCAUGGACUUUGUAACAUGGAGCCACGGGAGAUUUACGAGCCCCUGAACGUAUCAUUUUUUUUACUUUGAAAAUAAGCUAUUGUAGGUUCUUUUAAGUCUCUAGAGAUGUGAGAAAAAGCUGAUGUUCGUUGGAUACGGCAGACAAGAAGGCGCCAUAGGGAUGAAUGAGAAUACGGGACAAUGCCUGGAGGUGCAGGACACUUCUUCAGAUCUGCUCAUCUCAAAUACAAGGGGGCCAUUUUUUUUUAUUAGUAUACAGGGUUUGGAGUCCUCAUGUCUCACAUUGUCUACAGCUAGAACGGCCACCUCUAACAGUAAACAGGAUUGGUGACAUCA